GCACGUAUUUUGGGUCUAUCUUCUCGCAUCAUUUCUAAACAGUACUAAUUGAGACAGCGAUCCUGGAAAAUCUCAUUGUAUUGAAGACCAUCUUAUUUUUGGAUUAAAUGGUUAUGGCUCGAUUAUAGUGGUUGAAAAUUAAAAUAAGUCAUUAUUACAGAAAGAAUACAACUUAUUUGUCAAUAGUUAUCUAUUGUGAGUCUUCAGAGGCUAUCACGGAGGGACUUCCGUAUCUUUUUGAUCAAAAAUUCCUUCCAAAUUUAUAAAGUGAUAACAUUUUGGAGAUAGAAAAAUGAAUGCCGUUUCUACUGUUCCGGAAUAUAAGUAUUUACUAAUUAAAAUAGCACCGGCAGAUUGAAGUUUUUGCUAACAUGGGAAAUGUUACAACGAUCCUGAUUGGAAUUCAACUUGGACUCAGUAUAGUAUUGGCACAGGAUGAUUUUCAUUAAGAUGUAAUCUAGAUUCUAAUGAUUUUUCAGCAACAAUUCAAAACAUAUUCAAAAACUUUUCAAUUCUCACUUAACCAAUAGCUGUGAAAAACAGUGCUUAUUAUUAGUUGAAAUGCAAAAACACCCACAACUUCUUCGAAGACCUUUACCUCCAGCACUCCCUAGGCUGUCUUUAUGUAAGAAGAAAGUCCGUGCAGCCAACAGGUUGGGACUUCAAUCCAUCAGAGCAAUAGCUCACUUCUCCAGUGACUCUCACGGUGGAAAAGCCAAGACUGUUGAAACUAAGCCACCACGUGUAAGGUUCACUCAAGAUGAAACCACUUCAACUGAAAGAGAUAAAACUAGUUUUCCUGAUGUUUCAACAAAUCAACUACAAACCCCAAUCAAUAUCCAAAAUCUCUUUCUUGAUGAUCUUGUACCAAAAACAGUGACUGCUAUUUCAACACCCAAACUCUCUUCUAAGAAAGCCUAUUGGCACCGUGCAAAGACUGCUAUCAGUUCUAUAGUUUUUCCAAGUUCUCCUUCAGUUUCACCUCAAGUUUUGGGGAAAGAAACAAGCCAAAUGGAAAUUACAAGAAAAUCCAGAAGAAAAUCAUCAAAAAUAGAACCUAUUUAUGCUGAUCGGGUACAAACAGACAUUUUGAUUCUCUCCCCAUCACGCUCCAGACCUUCCCCAGUUAUCACUCCUAAACCCCUGGAAAUUCAGUCUGAGUAUCUACAUAUACUGAGGAGUAGAACCUAUAUUUUUAAGCAACCUCUGUUAGAUUUAAAAACAGCAGUGCCAAGCCCUCUACCAAGAGUUACACCUCUUAAAGUGGGAGGACAGUCGUCUGAACGUUCACAACAAACUACUGCAAUGGUACUAAAUGUCACUCCUUUUUCAGGUUCUUUUUCCAUGCCAAGGCCACUUUUACCAAGAAAACCUCGAAGACAGUCAGUGAUAGAAACUCUUGCAACAGAAUCUGAAAAUGUAGAAAGUGUCUCACAGCAAAAACCACCAAGCCCAACUGAAGAGGGAUAUGUCGUAUAUGGUGAAGCCUUUAAGACUAUUGUGGCAACACAAUAUGAAACAUUAACAGCCGUGACCAACCUGGCCAUAUCAAACUGUCAAAUGUUUGGAAGAAAUGCACUUAAUCUUAAGGGUUUUUUUCUCCUGAAUUGUCCAGACUUAAGACCUUUGGCUUUCCAAUUGGUAUAUCUUAACUUAUCAUUUAAUGAUAUCAGUUCCUUUCCCACAGAAGUAUUUUGUCUUCAAAAUUUACAAGUACUGAACCUGAGAAAUAAUCCUAUCAAAGAAAUCCCUUCUGAAAUUCAACAACUUAAGUAUCUCAGAAUUUUCAUCAUUGCCUUUAAUUUGAUUACUACUCUUCCUCAUGGGUUAUUUUACUUGUUCCAUCUUGAGAAACUUGAUGUUUCCUACAAUGAUCUUACUUUUAUUCCAAAUGAGAUCCAGAAACUCAGAUCACUUGAAAAACUGAUUGUUGAUGGGAAUGACCUGACUAGUUUUCCACCUGGAAUUUUGAAGCUUAACCUGAAACAAAUCAUGUUUGAGAAUACUUACACUCAUCCUAUUCUUUGGAAAGAGAACUCUUUGAAUAGUCCUCCACAUCUUACUCAGAUUGCUUCUUUGUUCUUUUUAAAAAAUAAUCUGCAGAAAAACUAUCAUAUGAUCCCACUGAAAAUUCAAAAGUUACUAAAAUGGACAUCCAGAUGUGAUUGGUGCUGUGGUCCCAAAUUUGGUGAAGGUUUUCGUGUCAUCCGAUCCUUCGAUAUUUUUGGAGUAACACACCUACCUGUUAUGUUUCAUGUCUGUUCUUCCUCUUGCUAUAGAAAAGCAAAGGAAAGCAAUUUGGCUUUAGAUGGCACUUCUGGGAAAAGAACACGUCUAAAUUCCGAGUAGAGUCAGACUUGAACAGCCAUUAAAGUUUAUGUAUAUGGUAACCCAUUUCUUUGAGAUGACAUGCUCUGAUGGAAGACAUAAGUGUCUCUUCAUGUGAAUCCUCUUUGUAAUCCUAGCUUCUUCAGAAAGUUUGUGCUUGUUAGGGCAUUGUGGCAGAAUUAUUACCUAAAGAGAAUUCGGAAAGGUCCUUGGAUUUCAAUGAAGAUCCAGAAAAUUUCUUUCAGAGCAUGUUUACUAUAAAAAGAAAACUGUUAGAAUCUUUUGUAAAAAAGAGUUAUCUUACCACUGACCUUUUCAAGCUUUCAUUCUAAGUGAUAAGGUAGCAUUUCAAAAUCAUCGGUGAAGUUUGUGUCUUGUAUGGGUUCAAAGUCACCCCGUUCCUCAAUGUUUGUGCAUUUCUGUGGAAAUCUGUUCAGUGCUAACCAUCUCAAUUGUGGAUUACUUUUGGGAAUAAUAAAAAAUUAAUUCCCGUCUUA